AUGGCAGCGCCUGACUUUGGUCGGCUACCCGAAUUCAGUGGCAGCUCUGGCUCCUGGAGAUCCUGGUAUGGUAGGCUACAGUUCUUCUUCGAGGCUAACGACAUUACGGACGCUUCCAAGAAACGUGCUCAUCUGCUAACGUUGUGCGGAGAACAGACUUACGACAUGGUCUGCACCAUAGUUCAGCCCAAGCAGCCCAACCAAGUGAGCUACGAUGACAUAGUUGAGAUGCUCAAGGCUCAUUUUGAUCCGCAACCUUCUGAAGUCUUCUGCAGGGCACGCUUCCAACGACGUGACCAACGGCACGAUGAAACGGUCAGUGAUUACGUCACAGCGCUCAAGAGGCUAGCAGCAGAGUGCAAUUUUGGAACAAGCGCAGACAAUGCGGCCAAUCCAACCAUACUGCCUCUUGAGGUAAUGCUCCGUGAUCGUUUCGUUUGCGGUCUUCGGAACGAGCAAGUCCAGCAACGGCUGUUCGCGGAAAAAGACUUGUCAUUCAAGAAAGCCUUUGACAUUGCACUGCGAGCUGAGAACGCCGUCGAAGACCAGAGAAACGUGAAAGCGGAAUUCAAAAAGAUUCACGAAGCCUGCACAAUCAUCUAUCUCCAAGACUGA